AGAGCCUAUUUUCUUAGCUAUCCUUGUUUUUAUUCCUCGUUUUAAUAUUCUAAAAGAAAAGAAGAAAAAAAAAAAGAAAAAGAAGAUAAUCAAAUGAGAAUACAUUCCUCUAAUCAUCCAUGGUUUUUACUAGCCAUCCUCGUGGUUCUCCUCUCUUUCUCUGGAGCUCUCUCAAGCACACACAAAGAGAAGACAACCUCAAAGAAUCCGAAGAAAGAAGUAACUUAUGAUGGAACGUCUUUAAUAAUCAAUGGAAAGAGAGAGUUACUUUACUCUGGCUCCAUACAUUACCCUCGUAGCACUCCUGAUAUGUGGCCGAAGGUCAUCAAGAGAGCAAAACAAGGCGGUUUGAAUACGAUUCAGACAUAUGUUUUUUGGAAUGUUCAUGAGCCUGUGCAGGGGAAGUUCAAUUUUUCGGGUAGAGCCGAUUUAGUGAAGUUCGUUAAACUGAUCGAGAAGAAUGGUAUGUAUGUAACGUUGAGGCCUGGACCUUUUAUUCAGGCUGAAUGGAAUCAUGGAGGACUUCCUUACUGGCUAAGAGAAGUUCCCGGGAUCUUCUUCCGUACCGACAACAAACCAUUCAAGGAACAUACAGAGAGGUAUGUGAAGGUGAUACUUGAUAAGAUGAAGCAAGAGAAGCUUUUUGCUUCACAAGGAGGCCCCAUUAUUUUAGGACAGAUAGAGAAUGAAUAUAGCGCGGUUGAACGUGCAUAUAAAGAAGAUGGAGUAAACUACAUUAAGUGGGCAGCUAAAUUAGUAGAUUCUAUGAAUUUGGGGAUCCCAUGGGUUAUGUGUAAGCAAAAUAAUGCUCCUGAUCCUAUGAUCAAUGCUUGCAAUGGAAGACAUUGUGGUGAUACAUUCCCUGGUCCCAACAAAAAGAACAAGCCAUCUUUAUGGACAGAGAAUUGGACUACUCAGUUUCGAGUUUUUGGCGAUCCGCCAGCCCACAGAUCUGUAGAAGACAUCGCCUAUUCUGUUGCUCGGUUCUUUUCCAAGAACGGAAGCCAUGUUAACUACUACAUGUAUCAUGGCGGUACUAACUUUGGAAGAACCUCUGCACAUUAUGUAACCACUCGUUACUAUGAUGAUGCACCUCUUGAUGAAUUCGGAUUGGAAAGGGAGCCUAAGUACGGUCAUCUAAAACUUCUUCACAACGCGCUUAACUUAUGCAAGAAGGCACUUCUAUGGGGCCAUUCCCGAACUGAGAAGCCUGGCAAAGACACAGAGAUACGGUACUACGAGCAGCCUGGAACGAAAGUUUGUGCGGCGUUUCUAGCUAACAAUAACACAGAAGCUGCAGAAACAAUCAAAUUCAAGGGCAAGGAAUAUGUUAUACCGCCUCGCUCCAUCAGUAUUCUCCCGGACUGCAAAACUGUUGUUUACAGCACAGCGGAGGUCAUCUCUCAGCACACUUCUAGGAACUAUGUGAAGUCGAAGAAGGCUAAUAAGAAGUUUGAUUUUAAGGUGUUCACCGAGACAAUUCCUAGUGAGCUUAAAGGUGAAUCUUUUAUCCCCGUUGAGCUCUAUGGCUUGACGGAAGACGUGACUGAUUACGGAUGGUACACAACAAACUUCAAGACAGAUGACAAUGACCUUAAGAAGAAAGGAGGUAAGACUACUUUGAGAAUUGCAAGUCUUGGACACGCGUUGCAUGUCUGGCUCAAUGGAGAAUACCUUGGAAACGGGCAUGGUAGCCAUGAAGAGAAGAGUUUUAUUUUUCAGAAGCAGGUUUCUCUAAAAGAAGGAGAGAACCACCUAACUAUGUUAGGCGUUUUAACAGGAUUUCCGGACAGUGGAUCUUAUUUGGAGCAUAGAUACACAGGUCCGCGUAGUGUUUCCAUCUUAGGCCUCAGCUCUGGACCACUUGAUCUCACCGAGAAAAACAAAUGGGGAAACAAGGUGGGUAUGGAAGGCGAAAAGCUCGGUAUCCACGCCGAGAAAGGAUUAAAGAAGGUUAAAUGGCAGAAAUUCUCAGCAAAAGCACCAGGGCUUACAUGGUACCAGACACGCUUUGAUGCGCCAGAGAGCAAAAGCUCAGUAGCAAUUAGGAUGAAUGGAAUGGGGAAAGGUUUGAUUUGGGUGAAUGGAGAAGGUGUUGGUAGAUAUUGGAUGUCGUUUUUAUCGCCUUUAAAAAAUCCUACGCAAGUAGAGUAUCAUAUACCUAGGUCUUUCUUGAAGCCCAAGAAAAAUCUUCUGGUUAUAUUUGAGGAAGAACCAAAUGUGAAACCAGAGCUUAUCGACUUUGUCAUCAUUAACAGAGACACUGUGUGUUCUUACAUCGGAGAAAACUACACUCCUAGUGUACGACACUGGACCAAGAAAAAUGACAAAGUCCAAACCAUCACUGAUGAUGUUUUUCUCACGGCUAAUCUCAAGUGUUCCGGUACUAAGAAGAUCGCCGCUGUGGAAUUUGCUAGCUUCGGAAACCCAAAUGGGACUUGUGGAAAUUUCACCCUUGGAUCUUGUAAUGCUCCUGCCUCUAAGCAAGUCAUCGAGAAGUAUUGUUUGGGUAAAUCGGAGUGUGACAUUCCGGUGAACAAGAGCACAUUCCAGCAAGAUAAAAAGGAUUCAUGCCCCAAAGUCGUGAAGAUGCUUGCGGUGCAAGUCAAGUGCGGUCGCACCAAGAAGAACAAAGAAUCAGGAAUAUAAUUCUUUUAUUUGCUUUGAAAGGUUUUAUACUUUUGACUAGUCGAUACAAAACUUAUGUGUCAAUUGUUCUUCCAUUUUUGAAUUUAUUAAUUACAAUGCCUAUCUACGGAUUACAGUUUUGAUUUGAAAUACUGAUUGAUUAAAUACUUUGUCCAAGGGAUUUAGUUUUGCUUCCUAACUUCU